AGUAACCCUACUUGCGCGAUCAAAUAUCACGCGCCCUCUCUCCCUUGAACACUGGUCGAAAAAGAGCAAACCACUACGCAGCACAGCACAGCGGCGGUAGCGCGGUGGAGCGCGGCGGCAGUGGCACGAAGCACAGGUGGGCAUCGGGGAGGAGGCAAAGGAGAAAGAAAAUGGAGCUAACUGAGACAAUGAAGCAGCUGCAUAUUGAAGGAUCGUCAUCUGGGAAUUCAUCAGUUAAUUUCAAAAGGAAGCCAGUCAUAAUCUUAGUUAUUGGAAUGGCAGGGAGUGGGAAAACAACGUUUCUCCAUCGUUUGGUUUGCCACACACAAUUGUCGAACAUUAGGGGCUAUGUGAUGAAUCUUGAUCCUGCUGUCAUGACGCUCCCGUUUGGUGCCAACAUUGACAUAAGAGACACCGUUAAGUACAAGGAAGUCAUGAAGCAGUUCAACCUUGGUCCAAAUGGUGGAAUUUUGACAUCGCUCAACUUAUUUGCUACCAAGUUUGAUGAGGUAGUUUCUAUCAUUGAAAAGCGAGCGGAUGAACUUGAUUAUGUUCUUGUAGAUACCCCUGGUCAGAUUGAAAUAUUCACCUGGUCUGCUUCUGGUGCUAUCAUCACAGAAGCUUUUGCCUCCACAUUUCCCACUGUUGUAGCUUAUGUUGUUGAUACACCUCGAUCUGAAAAUCCCACUACUUUUAUGAGCAACAUGCUUUAUGCUUGUAGUAUCCUCUACAAGACACGCUUACCUCUCAUCUUGGCAUUCAACAAGAUUGAUGUGGCACAGCAUCAGUUUGCCUUGGAGUGGAUGGAGGAUUUUGAGGCAUUCCAAGUAGCAAUGAGUUCAGACCACUCUUACACAUCAACUUUAACUCAGAGCCUUUCUCUCGUGCUAGAUGAGUUCUACAAGAAUCUAAGGUCUGUUGGAGUUUCUGCAGUGUCUGGUGCAGGAAUUGACGCCUUCUUUAAGGCCAUUGAAGCCAGUGCAGAGGAAUACAUGGAAAGCUACAAGGCUGAUCUUGAUAAAAGGCGAGCAGAGAAGCAGCGCCUGGAGGAAGAGCGCAGGAAGGAGAACAUGGAUAAAUUGAGAAGGGAUAUGGAGAAAUCUGGUGGACAAACUGUAGUCUUGAGCACUGGAUUAAAGGGAAAGGAAACAAAGGGUGAAAGCUUGAUGGAUGAGGUAGAGGAGGAAGAGGAUGAGGUAAUUGAUGAUGAUAUGGAGAGAUAUACUGAAGACGAUGAUGUUAUAGAUGAGGAUGAAGAUGAAGAAGUUGCUCGGUUCUCUUUCUGAUUUGACUUCUAUUACUAGUAAGAUUGCAUGAAUACCAGAUCUUGUAUAGGAUUUUGUCUGCUAACUAGAAAACCGGAUCAUGCUAUAUGUUGCCAGCUUGAUAUUGCCAGGUUCCCUUCAUCGAUUCUCUCCAGUUUCUUACAUGAUUAUUGUGUCCAGUUUUGAUCAAACUUGGUGCUCUUCACUAAUGUUAUGACGAAUGAGCAUCUUAAAUGCCCUGUUUCCUUUUCUUUGCCAGAAACUAGGGAUAUUUUUGUAGAAAAUUGUUUUCCAGAAAGGAAACGAGGAUAUAUUUCUCAUUA